ACCCUGACACCCAGAAUACACACACAAGGGACCGGGCAGGAUCCCUGACAAAAGCUGCUACGUCGCCUUACGUCCCCAGCGCCCGCUGCCUUAGCGCCACGUGACCUUGUGACGUCCGUACCGUCUUGGCUUGUCAGAACUAAUCACGCCCCCUGGUGGUAGAAGGCGAUUACAGCAGGUGCUCGGUGACGGCUGGAGAUAGAUUACUAUGGCUUCUGUGGGAAGGUUCAUGAGAGCGAUCCGGGUCUCUGAGUUUGGGAAACCUGAGGUUCUAAAGUUCCUUACAGAUGUCCCCGUGCCGUCACCAGGGGAGAACCAGAUUUUAAUCAGAGUUCAUGCCUGCGGGAUUAACCCAGUGGACACUUACAUCAGAGCCGGCGUCUACGCCCUGAAACCAAGCCUGCCCUACACCCCCGGCUCUGACACAUCAGGGGUGGUGGAGAAAGUUGGCAAAAAUGUGACCGGAUUUAAGAAAGGCGACCGCGUGUUCACCAGAUCUACAGUCACGGGGGGCUAUGCCGAGUACACAAUCGCCUCCGAAGAUACCGUAUACCCACUUCCCGAGCAGCUGAACUUCAAGCAAGGAGCCGCCAUAUCUGUCCCGUACUUCACCGCCUACAGGGCACUGGUGCAGAAAGCACACGGCAAGCCUGGAGAAUCGGUCCUCAUACAUGGCGCCAGCGGAGGAGUGGGGAUAGCAUCGUGUCAGAUGGCCAGGGCCUAUGGAUUCAAGGUGUUCGGCACUGCCGGCAGCCAAGAAGGGUUAAAUCUGGCUUUGCAGAAUGGAGCCCACAAAGUGUUCAACCACAGGGAGAAGGAUUAUAUGGAGAAGAUUAAGGAGGCUGCAGGAGCAGAAGGGGUUAAUGUCAUCCUGGAAAUGUUGUCCAACGUGAACCUCAGCAAUGACCUGAAGCUCCUAUCAUCUGGUGGCCGAGUGAUUAUUGUCGGCUGCCGAGGUUCUAUCGAAAUUAACCCCAGAGACACAAUGGCCAAGGAGUCCAGUAUAAUCGGAGUUUCACUCUUCAGCUCUACUAAGGAGGAGUGGAGGGAGGCCGGAGCGGCGCUCUUUGGGGGAAUGGAGAGCGGAUGGCUAAAACCAUUGAUCGGGCCUGAGUAUCCAUUGGAGAAAGCCCCUCAGGCCCAUGAAGACAUCAUCCAGAACAGCGGCGCCACCGGCAAGAUGGUCUUUGUCCUCUGAGCCGUCAUCUGUCCUCUGAUUGACUGUGAUUAUUAUAAAUCCUACAUGUGAAGACUUGUGCGGAGGAACGUCUGGUGCUUUAUACAUCGGUUCUUUCUUACUGGACAUUCCCAUAAGAACUUAAUACAGGAAUUAAAAGUCACUUCUAAAAUUGUUCAAACUUCAA